AUGUGGCGAAGCUUCCAGCCACCCGGCUCGAUGGGACAAACCGCAUCGUCGCAGUCUUCAUCGAUUGCAGGACUGCAGGUAUCCCAGAAGCCUGUUGUUGACGCAGAGCACCACAGAGAAAACAAUUUUGCUUCGGUUUCGUCGAACGCGACGAACGCGACGAACGCGGGGAAAGCAAUUUCGCAACUCCAGCAACCCUCCACCAAUCCUACGUCGAGUCAAAGUGUAAACAUAGAGGACAAUAUCCAGCGUAUCCGAUCUCCGUCGCCCGACAUGGAGGCAGGAAAUAUUUAUAUUGAUAAACUUCUAGAUUCAUUAGGACUUGCUGUUACAACAGUAUCCGUCGAAGUUACAACAACCUCAAGCAAAAAAAGAGAAGCGCCAGAUGAUAGUUCAUCAUCGCUCCAGCGAAGAGGACGUAAGAAAAAGGUUAAAGGAGUUAAAGACUGGAUCACCGACAAAAUAGAAGACGAUCUUGAGUAUUUCUUGUUUGAUACGAGUGAAGUGGUACCUGGAAGUGAAAUAAAGAAAACGGAUGGCAGGAUACCUAGGAUAUCUAGGAAACCACGCCCCACCCUAGCGGGACGUCUAUCGCAAAAGCUGGAGUCCCGACCGCGCUCUUCUGACAAUACCCCCAACAAUCCAAUCGAUGAGAGGACGCAGUCGCCGGCAGCUGCGCUAUUGACCGAUAAUACUCGUCCCAUAACACCAAUUCAAACCCUCAAGAACCCAUACGUAAUCGAGACCAAACUUUUAUCGCAGAAGCUCGAUCCUCAACUGCAUUCUUCUGGAAACACACCAGACAAUCCAAUCGAGAUAUCCGAACUUACUGACAAGCUCACCAUUCCUACAAAUUUACCAGUACAGACGCGCUCGAAAAACGAGGUUGUAAAACAGACAUUUCGCGUCAUUGGUCCUCAAAACAACGAGGAGGAAUACCAAUCGUUUCAUAACCUUUGUCAGGUGCUGGGUCUAAAUGAGAGACAGACGAUAGCAUAUUAUACAAAGCCGGCGUUCGACUUCUGCUACGAUCUAAUUACGGUGGAUUUAGCGAGCGUUUUGGUAUCCAUAAUCUAUCAUCUCGAGGUCUUGAAAGCUGCCGUUCGGGAAGAGGGCAUAUUUGGCUUGGAUAAUUCUGCUUCUGUCGUGAGAGUGCUCUCGAAGUGUUACAGGGCGAGGAUAUCUAGAGAUAUUGGCAGAGCUAGCAGUGCUAGAGAUCUGAACGCGUUUCGUGAAGCGUGGGACCUGGUAUCACUUGCGGAGAUUGUAGAUUCAGACCGCGAGAGCGCCACCAAAUCCGCACUUCUCCAUGCUUCCGGUCCCCGCCCAAUUUCUGAACCAAUGCGGGAAGUUGAGUUCCCUCCUGAAAUCAAGGCUCUGAACUGGGCCAAGGCAUUAAAACAAGGUGGGGUCUGGAAAGCGUGGUGCAGAGCUUUCUCACCCGACAGUCACGAAAAGAGAGGUAUACUCCUUCUUCUCAUGGCCUUGGAUUUCACCAGAUCAAUCCCUGUAUCGCCCACGAAGAGGAGAUUACUCAGACGCAGGAAGGAGCAUCUUAAUUCGCCAUUCUGGGGUAUGUGUGGAAGCAAUAUGAGCGAGUAUCAAAUCCGUUGGAUCAAGGAGUACCUAAUGCGGUAUCAUCCUCAAUGGAUUGAACUUGUCAAAUAUAUUCAUUGUUGGGCUCUCUUGAUUUUUAAAAUAGGUCAGGUGGAAGAUAAACGUGAGAAGAGAAAGUUUAGAAAGGGGUUAGUGAAGUUGGGGUUUCGUGUUGUGGUGUGA